ACAUGUCGAGAUGCUGGUUGAUCUUGGAACCUGAAUGUUAUUCAGCUGAAGUUUGAUGAAGACCAGCGGGGACUGAAAAUCACCCAGAGUGCUGUGAGCCUGAUUUAAGAUUAUAUCUUACCAUCCAUUUCGGGCUUACAGGAUGUUUACAAGCGAAGAACAAAAACCUUUACGCAUUUGAAGGUUUAAGACUGUCAAAAUAAUACACAGCGUGGAUCGUUUUUGAUCAAUUUGAAUCACAGUCACAGCUUUUUUCUGUGAGAGGAAGGGCAGAGUUUGUUUAAAUGCUGAGGUGGACAUGGACUUUUCUGUGAAUUCUCCAGAACGCUUCUUGAACUUCUCAUGGAAAAAUAAGCCUCACCGUUGUCAGUCCACCAAUCUAUGAGGAGACACCACUGCCAUACAGCACCCCCUAAGAAAUACACCUCCACAUCACCUGAUAGAAUCUCCAACCACGGACAUACAUUUGGAGACACCAACUCCCCCAUGUCGCUUAUAUUAGACAAGUAAUAUAUAUUCAUGUGACAAUAUAAACCCACUGGAUCAUCUAGAAUUGCUGUUUAAAUGGAGUGAUAACCAGAGUUCAUUCUGGCCGGGCCUGUUUCUUCUAAAGGGGAAGAGGACUUCCUCUCUUUCGCUGCCUCGCACCUCAGCCGCAGGAAGCGCGUUAUUGGCGCGGCAGUGGGUGUGGCCAUGGUGCUCGUGCUACUAGUCGCUAUUCCACUGUUGGUCCACAGCACCAAACUGGGUGGGUCUGGAGGCGGAAGUACACAUUAUGAGAUGCUUGGAAGCUGCAAGAUGGUCUGUGACUCUCUAACGCCCACCAAUGAACUAACACCUGUUUCGCCUCCACCUCACGACACCUCUGGACGCAGAGGGGGAGGGAAGUCGGGUUCUCGUGGAAACCAAGGGCCACCAGGCCCACGUGGGCCACCUGGAAAACCAGGUCCACCUGGACCUCCAGGUCCAGGCCCAGGAGGAUACAUCCCAUCGUUCUACAGCCCUAAAAUUGCCUUUUAUGCAGGUCUGCGCAAGCAACAUGAGGGGAGUGAGAUACUUAAGUUUGAUGAUGUGGUGACAAAUGUAGGGAAUUACUAUGAGCCUACCACUGGCAAGUUCACCUGCCCUCUUCCUGGAAUCUACUUCUUCACUUAUCAUGUGCUCAUGAGGGGCGGAGAUGGAACUAGUAUGUGGGCCGACCUCAAGAAGAAUGGACAGGUGAGGGCCAGUGCGAUUGCUCAGGAUGCAGAUCAGAAUUAUGACUACGCCUCUAACAGUGUGAUCCUGCAUUUAGACGUGGGGGAUGAGAUCUGCGUGCAGUUGGAUGGUGGAAAAGUGCAUGGAGGAAACACCAACAAAUACAGCACAUUCAGUGGCUUUCUCAUCUACCCUGACUAAUAAGUACACAAACAUACAAAAAAAUCUAAUAUAUUAUCACAUAUUUAACACCAUCAAAUCAGACUGACUGAUAGACAACAACAUCCGAUUCAAGCGAUACAACAAUGUGAUGGAACUUCGAGAGGAAACAUUGUAAAAUUUACUUCAAAACCUAAAGUGACAAAGUCAACAGCAGUGACAACCCAUUUUACCUUCUUGAUGUGAUGUAAUUCAAAGUCAAACAGGAUGUUAAAAGAGAAAAAAAAGUAUGCUGGGACUUGAUUUUAUCCACUGGAAAUUGAUUGGAUUGUAAGAAGUGGUCUGUCACUCAACGUAAAUUUAGUCUUUUUCCAUAAAAUAUGUUAUUUUAAACAUAAGCCUUAAUAAAUUUGAGUGGAAAGUGGAAAAAAAUCUUCCAUAGUAUUAUAACUACAGACAAAAAAAAAAAAUAAUAAUAAUAAUAAUAAUAUGAACAGCUGAAAAAAAGUCUACUUACUAAAUUUCUUUUGGUGGUUAAUCAAGUUAUGUUUUGAUUAUGUUUUUUCUUUGGAAUACUAUGAACAGAUGAAUUGAUCACAAUAACACCAUGAAUGUGUAUUAAGAAAGUAAAGAAGGUUUUUCAAAUUUGAUUUCAUGUUGACUUUAAUCAAGUUGUAGACACUUUGUAUUGACUUUACUAUCGGUCAUCUUGGUCUAGUCAUGGUGUAUUUGCUACUAUUAAGAAUUAACUUGAAACAUUAGAAAAAUGUAGUCAGGGUCUUAUAUUUUGAUUUUGAGCUCACCAAUGAAAAUAUUUGUAAUAAUUGAUUAUUUUUAAUUAUAGUGUUUGACACUGUUACAGUAUGUUGUGUGCAAAGCUAAUCCACUAGGCUAAAAAGAAAACUACAUUAAAGGAUUACCCAGAUUUAUCAGCAUUUUACUAGAUCACCAUUCUCCCCCUGCAUCAUGUGUAUAUGUGUGCAUAACUGGGAAAAGGGUGUUUGCAUUUCAUGGCAUGGAAACUGUAUGUCUUAACCCUGUAUGUCUACUAAGUAUGUACACAGUGUUUAUACUGGAGGAACUUUAAGACUAUUGUGAAAUUAUAAAUGAUAAUUAUAUGAUAAUGAUAUUAAGUCUUUCUCUUUUUAAUGCC